AUGCAUCCUGAGGAGGAUUUUCUCGGCACACAAUUGUGGUACCUGCGUUUCUGUGGAGUAAUUCGCAAGGACACGGCGUUCCACACGUUUCGUCGACGUUGCGUCUUUGGCACAGUCUUCCUGUUCAUCAUCCUGCAGAUGAUCUUCGUCGGGCUGCAUGUGAAAGAGUUCGCCAAGAUUUGUGAUGCUAUCCCGACGUUGAUCAUCAGUGCUUUUUCAUUUUCCAAGUGUCACGCCUUCGUUUUCCAUUCCCGCGACCUGUUCGCGCUGAGUGAUGCGUUUAAGGUGCUGCAGCAGCACACAACCGCCAAGGACGAGGCGUUGUUCGAACGAAAUAACCGCUUUCACGCGAAGCUAACGCACAUGUACAUGGUGUUGGCGUUGAUCGUGGGUUGCUUCUACGUUGCCAGCUCCAUCGUGCAAGAAAUUAGCCUGUCGCGCGUGGAAGGACACGUCGUGUUCGUAACACCGAUGGCAUUUCCACACAACUACCAGCACCCGGUGGUGUACGUCGUGUCGUUCCUGUUCAGCUGCGAUGCCAUGCUCAUGGGCAUCUUCAUUAACGGAAGUGUCGAUGCGAGCUUCUCCGAGUUGGCGACAAGCGUUAGGAUCCACUUCGGGCUCAUCCAGGAUCGCUUCCGGUCGCUCGAUUUCACCGUCGCGGAUGCGGAAACUCACCUGAAGGCGACCGUCGAGUACCACGAGGACGUGCUGGGCCAGUGCCGGGUCCUGACGGGGCGCUAUCAGUACGUGGUUUUUUCACUGCUGCUGCUCGAUUCGGUGCUGCUCUGUGUUAUUGGCUAUCAAUUUGUGAUAUUCAUGAACACGCCACGCGUUAUCAUGCUCGUCGCGAUGGCGUUCGUGAUGAUUUUACAAGCGGUCAUAUAUUGCUACCACGGUUCCACGAUAUACGAUGAGAGCCUGUCCGUGGCCGACGCGAUUUAUCAGAGCAAUUGGUAUGAGGCCCGGCCAGCCGUGCAGAGGCGGGUGCGUUUAUGCAUGACACGAGCCCAACAGCCCGUCGUCACCAAGGGUGGCUUCAUGAAGGCGACUUUGCCCAUGCUCAAGAAGAUGUUAAGCUCCACGGGAUCAUACAUCACUAUGUUGCUUUCUUUCGAGGCAGAGGAGCCGUAG